AUGUUCGAUACGUUCUUCUUCAAGGACUGGAAGGAGAAAAGAUACCAGGCGGUCAAUAACCGGUUUAAGAAAGAAGAUAUCUUUCAAAACGAUAUGUUAUUCGUUCCCGUACACCUCCCAGACCGUGGUAGCGGGGGACACUGGAUCUUAAUCGUGGUGAUGGUCGAAGAAAAUACAAUCACCGCGUACGACUCUUGCGGAUGGAAUAACGAAGCGGAGAGAGGGACAGUGCGAGAUUUCCUGACAUACGAGGCCACGAGAAGGAACCGGAAGGUAGAGGCAUGGAAAACGGUAGACGCACCCAAGGAUAUCCCUCGACAAGAGAACUCGUACGAUUGCGGCGCCUUCGUGUGUAUGUAUGCGGAGGUGCUGUCAAGGAAGGCACGAUUAGAAGGAAAAAAAGCGAGUGGAAAAUCGAUCCGGAAGAACAUCGCUUCGGUCCUCCGAGCGGGGCGUGUUGGCGUCGAGGACUUUCGUUACGCCGAGCCGGCGAUAUAG